AUCAUUUCUAUGCAUUCGCACAUACAUGCAGUCCUAACUCGUCAGUCAACAAGGCUUACUACCCACAAAAGGUUAUAGUUUUACUUUGGGGUGUGUGUGUGUGGGGCUAAGGCGUUUAGCCAGAAAUGGGGAGGGCACCGUGUUGUGAGAAGGUGGGUCUGAAGAGGGGAAGGUGGACAGCUGAGGAAGAUAAGAUAUUGACCAACUACAUUCAAGCUAAUGGAGAAGGGUCAUGGAGAUCAUUACCCAAGAAUGCUGGGCUAUUGAGGUGUGGGAAAAGCUGCAGACUGAGAUGGAUUAACUACUUAAGAUCCGACUUGAAGAGAGGCAACAUAUCUGCUGAAGAGGAAGAAAUCAUCAUCAAGUUGCACGCAUCUUUGGGGAACAGGUCAGUUCAGUAUUCAUACUCUAAUAUGAUAAGAGUACUUUGUUUUUCCAAGAAAAAGAUUACUGGAUUCUAAAUAAUAUAGGAUCCCAAUAGAAAAGUUUAACCAUUAUAAUCACAAUAAUUUUAUUAAAUCAUGUCGCCGUCACACCAAUAAAAAAGUUUAACCGUAAUAAUCAUAAUAAUUCUAUUACACUAUACAAUUAUCGCAUCAUUCGGUCAAAAAAAUUAACUUAUAUUUUUUGCUCCAUAACAGUAAUCCAUAAAAAACAAUCAAUAUCUCUCUUUUUCCUUUUCUGCAGGAAAAAAAAUGAAGGCUUUCAGAAUCAACCCACAAUUAUGUGUCCUUUUUGUACCACUUUUUAAAUUUGAGAAAUGCUAUAAGUAAUUAACUUAAAAUCUAAUUAAUCAGCAAAUUAAUUCACUAAAAUACUCUUCUUUUUUUUUUGACCGUCUCUGUAGUGCUGCAACCGAAAAAGUAACUAAUAAUAUCGUUAGGAAAGAGUUGGAUAGUUGAAUACUUGACAGAUGAAUGGAGAAGCUGUUGGUUGUGUACCUAAUAAAGUGGUUGUUUUUGUCUUUGUGAGAAGGUGGUCUUUGAUUGCGGGUCACUUGCCAGGUAGAACAGACAAUGAGGUCAAGAACUACUGGAACUCUCAUUUGAGCAGAAACAUCAAAACCUUUAAGACGUCCAGAAACCAAACCCUAUCACCAGUCGCCAUGGAUUUAGCAAAAGCAGGCAUGGCAAGAAAUAGAAGAGGUGGCCGAACAAGUCGAUCAGCAAUGAAGAAGAAAACCAACUUCCCUGUCAAAUCUUCUUCGAAGUUAGUGGAGGAACAUAAAGAAAGUAAACCUGUGAACGUUGCUGUUGCAAUUCCACCAACACCAAACUUAGAUAAAGAAGCUUUGGCCUUGUCUAGUGCCCUCUCUUGGCAGGAGGAAAUAGAGAACUUGACUUUGCCCAGUCCUCCUUAUAAGAUUUCUGAAGUGGAAUUGCUGGGUUGUGGUGAGGAGAGAGAAAGCAGCAACUUACUGUUGUGGCCUGGUGAAAAUGAGCAAAAUGAGUUCUUGAGGACAAAUCAUGAAAUGCUGGAUAGCGAGAUGUCGUUUCUUAAUGACAUUGUGGGCAAUGAGGAAAUGGAUCCAAAUGAUGAUGUUGUGGCUUUUAGUGGAAAGAAGGAAGAAAAUAAUGUCAUAGUUACUGAGGAGAGGGAAAGCGGGACCGUGGUGUUCAGUGAAGAUCUUGAGAGUGGUAAUUUAAGCUCAUCAAAUGCAGAGAGCGGUGAGGGCCAGUCUUGUUCGUCAACAAAUUCAUAUAUGAAUGAGGGCAAGCUUGAUUGGGGCUGGGAUUGUGAUGGUGGGUUUCAAGGAAAUGAGCUAUGGUGUGAAACAGAUAGAUUGUUGUCUUGGCUGUGGGAGGCUACUGAUAAUGGGGAACGAGAUUGUAAUAAACAGCUGGGAGAAGAAGAGAUGGAUUCUGAGAAGCAAAAUGCAAUGGUUGCAUGGCUUCUCUCUUAAUUAAACCAUUUUCCCACUCGAAUUUUGUUCUUUUGUAUGUGUAGAAUCUUUAUUAGCUUAGGUAAAUCGAUUCCAUGUAUCUUUAUUUAAGUGGGAAGGGUGUGAAAUUGUGAAUUGAUUAGUUUCUAUGAUGCCAUUGGACACUAAUUUACUUUGGUAUUAUUUCUUCUUUUCUGUUUG